AUGUUAUCAAGGGCCAUAUUCAGAAAUCCAGUUAUAAAUAGAACUCUGUUGAGUGCCAGACCUGCCGCUUACACUGCGACCAGAUUGACCAGAAGUUCAUUGAUUCAGAGCAGGAAGUAUUCUGACGCGCACGACGAUGAAACCUUCGAGGAAUUCACCGCAAGAUACGAAAAGGAAUUCGAUGAAGCUUACGACUUGUUCGAAGUGCAAAGAGUGUUGAACAACUGUUUCUCUUACGAUUUGGUCCCUGCUCCGGCAGUCAUCGAAAAGGCUUUAAGAGCCGCCAGAAGAGUCAAUGACUUACCUACCGCCAUCAGAGUAUUUGAAGCUUUGAAAUACAAAGUCGAGAAUGAAGACCAAUACAAGGCCUACUUGGACGAACUGAAGGAUGUCAGAAAAGAGCUGGGCGUUCCCUUGAAGGAAGAGCUAUUUCCAAGCUCUUCUUGA